GCCUAAAAAGAAGAAUCGAGGGCCCGCAUAUGCGCUAAAACAGAAACUGGACAAAAAACAAAGAAUGAGGUUGAAGAAGAAGAAGGCCCUUCUCGCGGCCACCCAAACAACUGAAGAAAAUAAAUUUGGAGAUAAUAAUCUAACUGAAGCUUCUACACAGGUGUCAGCGGAAUGUGAAGAAGUUGAGGAAGCAGCUGAAGAAGUUAUGGAAGUAGCUGCAACAACAGCUAGCGAAGAAUUUUUGAAAGGACUUUUUUUUGAGAAUUUUUAAUUAAUUCGAGAUAUCUCGUCGACUUCCCAGUCCGACCUCUAUAUUUAUUGUUGUUAUAAAAUUUUGCCUUUACAUUUGCCUCUUUUUGACUUAAUAAAUUUUUUAUAUUAUUUAUUUUGUCCAGUAUGCGUUUAAUAACGUUGGAUAUUUUUUUAAUUUUUUUCCCAUUCUUCUCUUUCGGCUUCUAUCUCUUAAUCCUAACAAAUACGACUAUCCGCUCAAAUAUUUGAAAUUAACCUCAGGGGCGGUUUACCUUUGGACCUUUUUUCCAUUUAAAAAGAAUUUUUUCAAAUUUUUAU